AUAAUAUUUCUACGUGUCAGAUUGACGAUAGAGAUAUUUUUCUGCGCUCAGUAUGUGUUUAGGGUGAUCACAACAGUCGAUGUAAUCCAUGUGACACAGCCUUUACACCCGGGUAGCAAGCGGACAAAAUGUUUUUCAGAUCCUUUUACUUCGCUCCAUGUAGCCUAACCCCAGUGCUUGCGACACAAAGUGGGUUUCUCUGAACAGACUUGCACCGGAUAUCCUACGCUGCGGAUUGUUUCUGUCGUCGUGCAAGCUGAUGAAAAUGCUUCUUUUUCGCUUUUCUCAUUCAGAGUCAGUCCGUCCAAAAAUGUCUGUAUUCUUUUGGACGCUAUGGCUGAUGAUCCAGUACCCUCGAAUUGCUAAUGCAGUGUGCAGCUCUUAUGCCGGACCUGCAGGAUCAUACGACUGUUAUUUAUCGUCUCAUUAUACUGGUUACCAAUGGGGUACCUGUGUCACGGAUGACUACCUAACACAGAAGUCGAAAGGCAUGUACGCGUGCAGAGACUGGACAACGUACUGCUACUUUCAGUGUAUGCUUGAGUUGCACGGUGUUCUCAGCGGAAAUGUCACAGCUGACUGCGCCUGUGACCCACAACAAAGCACUGUGUCACCUAACUCCUACCACACAACUCUGUCCCCAAAAUGUUAUAGCCCCUCUGGUACCGACUGCAGUUGGUACAGCAAUUGUCUGGAAAAGAAAUUCCCGUGUGCCAGCGGAUCUGACGACUACGGUAUCGCAUACGGGGAGAAGUUCUGUAACGCAUACUCCAACAACUACAACACCUUUUCUUCUAAGGGACGGCUAUGGGUGGACGCUGUACGCAAGUGUCUCCAGAUGGCACUGGUACCUUUAAUGCGAGACUACACUACCUACACGUGUGCUGAUGUCAAGUCCUACGCCUUCAAGUCACAUGCACCCUGCUACUUGAAACCCGGCUCAGGCGCUCCAUCUUUCUGCCAGCUGCCAGUACAGGACUACUGGAGGGUGUUUUGGACUAUCAAGGGUGCUUUCGGAUCAGCCUUUUCCAACUCGAUGUACGGAAUGUUUGAGGUGUCCAAAGGAUGUCUGCCAGUCUGGAGCCAUCAACUCGGUUCCUACAUACAGCAGCUGAAGAUUCGUCUGCAGUUGCCUGCCUCCCGUAACAAGCGAGAUGUGAUGUCUGUGUCAGAAGCUGAGCACAGGGCUGACUUCACACUCAGACGAUCAACCCGACCUCAUAUUAGUCUUUCUGACAAAUACCUCCUCACCGACUCAGACCUGCGGCCAACACGACUCUUCAAGCGCCAGGCAAUGAAUGACACAAGCAACUGGCAGGGCGAGAGUACUGCGAACCUCUACUUCCAUAAUCUGGCAGGCACCACAGCAGACACCAUGGCCAGGCAACUCAACUGGAAUGCUACAGGCGUCACGUGGUUUGCCUAUGGACAGGCGGGGGUUAACGGCACUCUGAACGUCUUCAUCCUACUGGCUGACCGUGUGGCUUACGACUCCAACUACAACAGCUUGUCUCCGAGGCCCAACAUGACGGACGUGGUGAUGAAAGCUGGCCAGGCAUUCGAGAAUGGUGACAUCACAGUUCAACUGGAAGGAAGAGUGGUUCAGCCUUAUACACUGGAUGCCUGCAGUGACGUGGAAUGUCAGGAGGUCUUUUUAAACGUGUCUGCUCCUCUAAUUUUAGGGCAGGAGACCAAUCAUGCUAUGUCACGGAAGAUAAUGUUAUUCCAUGUUCUUGUAUCCAUCUUCUUCGCAAUCAUGUUUUAACACGCAAGUUAAAUAUCCUAUUGGCCACUAUACAUGUAUAUAGCUAUCUAAUUAACACCAAACAUUUAAUUAGUUAAUUUUUUUUAUUUUUCCUUAAUCUCUGAUCACUUUUUGACACCAUCAUGGACACAUUUUUAUUUUUUUAGAAAUAACGAAGUUUCUGACCAGUUUGUAAUGUUUCUGUGGCCAUAUAUUAAUAUGAUAAGAGCUAUAGUUAUAUAAAAAAAUAGUAUUCUUUUACUUUCUGCUUGACCUGCACGCUCGUGCAUAUUAUAAAAUUAUAUCUACAUAUAUUAUAGUUGAAUAUGCUAUUAUUAGUCUGAAAGAUGAAACAUUUCGUGUAACGGUUUAUUGUAACUGACACAGCCUCUCUUGUGGUACGAAUGUCUUCACGUGACACAAACCAAGUGACGUACUGACAUCCAUCAGUCCAAAAAUUGUUAAAGUACAAAUAAAGAGCAACAAGCAUGCACAUUUAAACUAACAUAGCUUGAACGAUCUUCAUACACGCUGGACAAUUUUCAGCUUCACAUCUACAAAAGAUGUUUCAACAUGUUUCGACACCAUCACCAAAGGCAAAGGGAGAUAACGCUAGUCCACUAAAUGACAAAGGGCAUAAAGCAAGUGUAGAUGCACAUGUGCACUGUGCUAAGCCGUUGCAGAAUAUUUAUUAGUGAAGCUGUCACAUUUAAGUCAGAUGAGACGAUGAGAAGAAGCUUUCAAUGAAGUAUCCACAAGGUUAGAGAGAAGUCUCAGUGUUUGGUGAACAUUUUUUUUUUCAUUUGUUUCUGACAAGCCUGCGCUUCUAGAGACGAGGUAGCUAACAGAGUACAAAGAUCAUGUUGGUAGAUGGGUAGAAAUCAACUAUUACCAAUCGUAAAAAGUUUGUGUUGUUCUAUUUUUUCUCUUUUAUAAUGCAGAAAAUGUGAAUUUACACUCACCACAUGAAGUAGCCAAGUGUUCACAGUUUUUUUUUAAGAUUUGAUGCAUAAAAAUGUUGAUUAGCGGACCAAGGGUAGGUUGAACUCUUACUAAACGAAAACACAGAUACAUCACAGUGUUCACGGCACUUUGCAAAGUAACGUGUUGAUUUUUCUUAGCGAGAAAUAAUUUCAAUUUUAAUUGUUUUCAAAGUCACAGUUGGUGUGCCUGGUGGGAGCGAACACACUUGCAGUGUUGACAGGAUAAUCUGACAAUGCACUAAUCACAAUGCCAUUUAUUAAAUAUUGAUUUAUGAAUAGCGUUUGAUUAUUCAUUCAAAAUAAACUAAAAAAAAAGUGUGUAGUAAAUAUCCUAUGAAGAAUUAACUGUAAAUACGAAUGUCUAUAAUCCCUUUUUUUUCUAAUCUAUUAAACAGAAACUGA